ACAUCCACGACUGCAGCUACGCACGCACGCACGUCUCUGUCUCUCCUCUCUCCUUUAACUCCCAACUCGCUCCCGAUCCCAUCUUCCUCCGCCGGUGCCGCGGAUGACGAGGGCGGCGGCCACGGCGAAGAAGGUCGGCAUCGCCAUCGACUGGAUGGCAGCGUUCGCCUCCUACUGCGACGGUGACGCUGACGUCUGCUUCCUCUCCUCCCCCUCGGCGCCCGGGAAGGGGAAUGCGUCCGCCCGCUCCUCCCCCGGCUUCGGCCGCGGCGAGGGACCCGUCUCCCCUCGCCCGGUGGCGGCGGCCAGGCGGAAGGGGGGGUCGGUGAGGAGGCAGACGGGCUGUGCUCGCGGGGGAGGAAGGAUGUCGUCUCCAUCUGGCCGCCGUCGGCCAUGCUCGCGCGGGAGGAGAGAGGACGCCUCCAUCUGGCCGCCGCUGGCCGUGCUCGCGGGGGAGGAUGGAUGUCGUCUCCAUCUGGCCGUCGUCGGACGCGUCCACGCGGAUGAUCUAUCACCAUCCCCUCUCGUUUCCCCGCGCUGCACAAGAUCGGCCAUGGAGCGGGCAUGCGGCGCUGCGCUCGGGUGACGCAUCUGGAAAAUGCGGCGAGGCAGGAGGCGGGAGCGGAGACGAAGGAGAAGAAAAUGGAGAGGUGUGGAGGAGAGGCGGACGAGCGGGAAAAGCCGGGGCGUCGCCCAUGACGCAGGCGAAACCAGCGCCGAUCUUGCAAGGGCUUGCGGUGGCGCGGUCUGCGAGGACAUGAGGGAUCUCGCCGG